AGUUUAUAGGAAAGGGGAGAGAAACCUUAUCUUCCACCUAAAGAUCAUCUAAGAGUUUCUUUUCAAGCCUUCAAGCCAUUGAAGAAGAAGAAACCAUUCAAGGAAGCAUCAUUUCUACAAUGAGUGGAGCAUCAUUUCCUGCUAAUUUGCCAUCUAUGGUCUCUACUGUUCCGAUCCUCACUGGAACUAACUUCUCAGAAUGGAAAGAGAAAGUUGAGUUCACAUUAGGAGUACUAGAUAUGGAUUUGGCACUUCGUGAAGAAGAGCCAGAUCCCUUAACUAUAAUUAGUACUGAGGAAGAAAAGGCUCUCCAUAAAGCUUGGGAGAAAGCGAACAGAUUAAGCAUGAUGUUUUUAAAAAUGACCAUAGCUAGCAAUAUCAAAACUUCCCUUCCAGAUGCAGAUAAAGCUAUAGAUUAUCUAGCAGCUAUAGAAGAACGGUUUAAGACUGCAGACAAAUCCCUUGCAGGGAAACUUAUGGCAGAUCUUACAACCAUUAAGUAUGAUGGGACAAGGUCUAUGCAUGAACAUUGCAUUGAAAUGACCAACCUUGCGGCUAAACUAAAGAAUUUAGGAAUGAGUGUGGACGAUUCAUUUCUUGUCCAAUUUAUCCUAAAUUCACUACCUCCUCAGUAUGGACCCUUUCAGAUCAAUUAUAAUGCAAUUGAUGAAAGGUGGACAUCUAAUGAAUUGGCUAAUAAACUAGUCCAAGAGGAGGCUAGACUUGGUCGUGAAGGAAUUAAAGUUUCCCAUCAUGUUCAAGGAGUUGGACCUAAAGUUGGGUUUAGGCAUAAAAAGAGCCAUCAAAGAGCACAACCCACAAUGACCGAUUCCGAUCAAGUUAAUCCGAAGAAAAAAGGCAAAGAAAGAUUACAGGUGCAACUUUUGUAA